CGCCACACAAGAACCGGCGCCUGGCAAGAUAGACGCGGCUCUUCCCAUCCGCGAAAGCUUGGCCUGGACCUGGCUGCUGGGCACCGGAUGGACAACAGCCCCUGGUGGGGACACAUACCACACUGCUGAGCAGGACGGUGAGACCGGCUUGUGUCCAGCGAGGGUCACACACCCCCGGGAGAAGCGCCUUCCUGACAGGCUGCAGAUGGGAGCGCGCUCCUGACCUGAAGGCGCCAACGGGGUCCUGCUUCCUGCUGGGUCCUGAGGCUCCCACCCUGCCCCUCCGACCCACUCUGAGCCAAGGAGGCCGCUGAGGGCUGAGGACUCGUAACUGAGGGGCGGAUGGCGUCUGCUGGCCUGGAGCUCUUGGGCAUGACCCUGGCCGUACUGGGCUGGCUGGGGACCCUGGUGUCCUGCGCCCUGCCGCUCUGGAAAGUGACCGCCUUCAUCGGCAACAGCAUCGUGGUGGCCCAGGUGGUGUGGGAGGGGCUGUGGAUGUCCUGUGUGGUGCAGAGCACCGGCCAGAUGCAGUGCAAGGUGUACGACUCGCUGCUGGCGCUGCCCCAGGACCUGCAGGCCGCCCGCGCCCUCUGCGUCGUCGCCCUGCUGCUGGCCCUGCUCGGCCUGCUGGUGGCCAUCACCGGUGCCCAGUGCACCACGUGCGUGGAGGAUGAGGGUGCCAAGGCCCGCAUCGUGCUCACAGCGGGAGUCAUCCUCCUCCUGUCGGGCAUCCUGGUGCUCGUCCCCGUCUGCUGGACAGCUCACGCCGUCAUCCAGGACUUCUACAACCCGCUGGUGGCCGAGGCCCUCAAACGGGAGCUGGGGGCCUCCCUCUACCUGGGCUGGGCAGCGGCGGCUCUGCUUAUGCUGGGUGGGGGGCUCCUCUGCUGCACCUGCCCCCCGCCCCAGCUGGAGCGGCCCCGCGGCCCUCGGCUGGGCUACUCCAUUCCGUCCCGCUCGGGUGCUUCGGGGCUGGACAAGAGGGACUACGUGUGAUGCGGAGGCUGACCGGAUCCCCCAAUCCACACCUUGCCUGCCAUCACUGUUGGCCGCAUCCUCCCAACUCCCAGAAGCUCAAGCUGGACUCUGCCUCUGGUGGGCCCUCCCCAGUGGUGGGACACCUGCCCUUCACGUUCUGCUGGGUACCCUGGCCCAGCACUGCCUCCCGCUGUCCAGGACAUGGGCUGGCCCUCCCCUGCCCAGGAGUCCAGGCCCCUUGGAUUCCAAAACAAGGAGCAGACUGUGUCCUCCGUGCCCUGCACCUGUCCAUUCUGGCCUGGCCACCACCCAUAUGGAAGGCCCAGCCUCCCUGCUCCUCCCCAGGGAAGCCCUGCACACACCUCACCCUCCACCACCACUAAAGCAUCUGCAGGCGGUGGCCUUUCUGGCACAGUGGGUUGAGCUGCUGUGUCCCAUUUUGGAGUUCCUUGGGUUUAAGUCCCUGCCCCUGUUCUCCUUCUGAUCCAGCUUCCCGCCAAGGUGCACCCUGGGAGACAGCAAGUAGUGGCCAAGUACUUGGGUCCCUGCCACCCACAUGGGAGACCUGGAUGUUGUUCCAGGCUCCUGGCUUCAGCCUGACCCAGCCCUGGUUGUGGUGGGCAUUUGGGGAGUGGGUCUCUCUGUGACACUGC